CUCUCUCUCUGUCUUCAGACACUUUUCUUAAAGAACAAAAGAUGACCGAACCGACAAACCCACCUCCCUGACACUCCCCGCGAUCCAACGCGCUUCCCGCUACAAAAAAUUAUAAAAAACCGUUCCCACGUGCCAAUACACUCGCACGUGCCCCACACUAAACCUCGCUAUUCCCAGAUUCCAAAAUCUGAAGAACACAGAAGCUCAAUCAAAAUCAUAAUUCCCCAAUUCACAUCUCUCGAUUCGAUUCAAUUCGAUUCGAUUUUUUAAAAUCAAAAUCGAAUUGAAAAAAAUUGAGAGCAAAUGGAGGCAAUACUAGCGCGCGCAUUGGAGUAUACACUAAAGUACUGGCUUAAAUCUUUCUCUAGAGACCAGUUUAAGCUUCAAGGCCGUACUGUUCAGCUUUCUAAUUUAGAUAUAAAUGGAGAUGCUCUUCAUGCCAGCAUGGGAUUGCCGCCUGCUUUGAGUGUUACCAAGGCUAAAGUUGGCAAAUUUGAAAUUAUUCUUCCAUAUGUAAGUAAUGUACAAGUAGAGCCGAUUGUUGUGCAAAUUGAUAAGCUUGACUUGGUUUUAGAGGAGAACAGUGAGUUUGAUGCGAGUAGUAGUUCCAGCAGUACCCAGUCGGGAACUGCCUCCAGUAAGGCCAGCGGCUAUGGAUUCGCUGAUAAGAUUGCAGAUGGAAUGACAAUUCAGGUUACCACCGUCAAUCUUUUACUUGAAACACGUGGGGGUGCUCGACAUGAAGGUGGUGCUGCUUGGGCAUCGCCUCUAGCAGCCAUUACCAUACGCAAUCUUCAGUUGUAUACCACAAAUGAAAAUUGGCAGGUUGUAAAUCUUAAGGAGGCGCGUGACUUCUCCUAUAACAAAGGGUUUAUAUACGUGUUUAAGAAACUUGAAUGGGAAUCAUUAUCUAUUGAUCUCUUGCCUCAUCCUGAUAUGUUCACUGAUGCCAGUAUAGCACGAACUCAAGAGGGUUCAACUCAGAGAGAUGAUGAUGGUGCAAAGCGUGUUUUCUUUGGUGGAGAACGUUUCUUGGAAGGAAUAUCAGGAGAAGCUCAUAUAACAAUGCAGAGGACUGAGCAGAACAGUCCUCUUGGGCUUGAGGUUCAAUUACAUAUCACAGAAGCUUUAUGCCCAGCAUUAAGUGAACCAGGACUUCGAGCUCUUCUUCGCUUCUUGACGGGAUUAUAUGUGUGUCUUAAUAGAGGAGAUGUAGGUCUGAAGGCUCAACAGGGAUCUACUGAAGCAGCUGGACGUUCACUAGUCUCUAUUCUUGUGGACCACAUAUUUUUUUGCAUUAAAGAUGCUGAUUUUCAGCUUGACCUUUUGAUGCAGUCUCUUCUCUUUUCUCGGGCAACAGUUUCUAAUGGAGAAGUUGUCAAUAACUUGACUACAGUGAUGAUUGGUGGAUUUUUCUUAAGGGAUACGUUCUCUCGCCCUCCAUGUACAUUAGUGCAACCAGCUAUGGAUAGUGUCACGGAACAUGUGGAAAUUCCUGCCUUUGCUAAAAAUUUCUGCCCUCCAAUAUAUCCUUUGGGAGAUCAGCAGUUGCAGUUAGGCACAGGUGUUCCUUUAAUGUGCCUUCAUUCACUUCAGGUGAAGCCAUCUCCAGUUCCUCCGUCUUUUGCUUCAGAAACAGUUAUCGCCUGCCAGCCACUUAUGAUUCACCUCCAGGAAGAAUCAUAUUUAAGGAUAACCUCCUUCUUAGCUGAUGGCAUAGUUCUCAACCCUGGUGAUGUCUUACCUGAUUCUUCAGUGAAUUCCCUGAUGUUUAUUCUCAAGGAAUUAGAUGUUACUGUUCCUCUAGACAUGAGUAAAUUUGAUAAUCCAGAUUACAGAAAAAGUUCUACUGCCCAGAGUUCCUUCACUGGAGCACGGCUUCACAUACAAAACUUGUUUUUCUCAGAGUCACCAUCCCUGAAACUUAAGUUAUUGAAGCUAGAUAAAGAUCCUGCUUGCUUCUGUUUGUGGAAGGGCCAACCUAUUGAUGCAAGCCAGAAAAAAUGGACUGCUGGAGCAUCCCAACUAGGCUUGUCUCUGGAAACGUCCAUCAGCUCCCGUGAGUUGACUUCAGGCUUGUGGAGAUGCGUUGAACUAAAAGAUGUUGCUUUUGAGAUAGCUAUGGUUACUGCUGACGGAGGUCCAUUAACAAUUGUUCCUCCUCCUGGUGGAGUUGUCAGAGUAGGUGUUGCUUGUCAACAGUAUUUGUCCAACACUUCUGUUGAGCAAUUAUUUUUCGUCCUGGAUCUGUAUGCGUACUUUGGAAAAGUAGGUGAAAAGAUAGCCUCAGUUGGAAAAAACAAGAGACUAAGGAGCAGGAGUGAAUCUUCUGUUGGUAGGCUAAUGGAUAAAGUUCCCUGUGAUACUGCAGUAAGCUUAGCCAUCAACGGGCUUCAGCUUAGAUUUCUAGAAUCAUCUACCAGUGAUAUUGAGGGAAUGCCUCUUGUUCAAUUUAUUGGGAAUGAUCUUUUUAUUAAAGUUGCUCAUAGAACCCUUGGCGGUGCGGUUGCUGUUUCAUCCAGUGUACUCUGGCAGAGUGUUGAGGUGGACUGUGUAGAGACUGAGGCACGCCUGGCACAUGAACAAGGUGCAAGUUCAAUUUCUAUUGAGAAUGGUUGUGUGGCUUUUGCAAAUGAAUAUCCUCAGCUGAGAGCUGUCUUUUGGGUGCAUAACCAGCAGAAACAUGGCAUGACACCAGUUCCAUUUUUGGACAUAAACAUAGUACAUGUAAUUCCACUCAGUGAACGUGAUAAAGAGUGCCACAGUUUAAGUGUGUCAGCCUGUAUCUCUGGCAUUCGCCUUGGUGGUGGAAUGAACUAUGCCGAAGCCUUGCUGCAUCGAUUUGGAAUACUUGGGCCGGAGGGUGGUCCUGGAGAAGGGCUGACCAAAGGAAUAAAUAAUUUAUCAACAGGGCCACUGUCAAAGCUUUUCAAACCAUCACAUCUCACAGUUGAUGAUUUAGAAGAAGAUAGAAGUUCCGAAACAGGGAAAGAUGGUGGAAUUUUGCACUUGGAAAUGCCGGAUGAUUUGGAUGUGUGUAUAGAAUUGAAAGAUUGGUUAUUUGCUCUUGAAGGGGCACAAGAGAUGGCAGAAAGGUGGUGGUUUGACAACCACAAUGAUGUGGGCAGAGAAGAAAGGUGCUGGCAUACGACUUUCCAGAGUUUGCUAGUAAAAGCAAAAAAUAGUCCUAGGGACCGACUGCGGGUCAAAGAGAACUUACAUGGAAGACAGAAAUAUCCUGUGGACUUGGUUACAGUUGGCGUCGAGGGCUUGCAGAUCUUGAAGCCACUUGGACAAAAGGGCAAUUCUUCUCUUGAGAAUGGGAUGAAGCAUGUUGCUGGGACUUCUGGAGGGAUAAAUCUCGAAGCUCGCAUGGUGAUGUCAGAGGAAAUUGUUGAUGAAACAGACACAUGGGUUGUGGAAAACUUGAAAGUUUCUGUCAAGCAACCGAUUGAGGCUAUUGUGACCAAAGAUGAGUUUCAACACCUUGCUUUGUUGUGCAAGUCUGAAGUUGAUGCGAUGGGUCGAAUGGCUGCUGGGGUCCUGAAGCUACUUAAACUGGAGCGCUCAGUUGGCCAAGCAACAAUUGACCAACUCAGCAACCUUGGAAGUGAUAGCUUUGACAAGAUUUUCUCGCCACAAAAGCUUAGCAAGGGUACUAGUCCUCGCAGUUUUUCUUUCCCACCAUCCUCGUGUCUUGCUAACGAGACUCCGCAUGCAACUACAGAAUCAACAGUUGCUUCACUUGAGGAGGCAGUUUCAGAUUCACAAGCUAAAUGCGUUGCGCUUCUAACCGAUUUAUCUUCUUCAGAAUCCUCUGUACAGUGUCUUGCUGAGAUCAAACAACUAAGUCAAAAGCUUGAAAUCAUGCAGAGUUUAGUAAGGCAAUUAAGAACUCAAAUCUAAUUAAUUUUGCCUUUACCCUUAAAUCGUUGUGCGAUUUUGGGAUCCUAUAGUAACACUCAAUUCUUUUGUGUAGAUAGAUAUAGAAUUAUACAUGCAGGUUGAGUUUUGUGAUGAGGAGAACAAAUGUAAGUGCUCAUUUAUUAUAGUAAAAACAAAUUUUGUAUCCUAUAGAUGAUAUAAUACAAUGUGAAUUAUGUUUCAUAAUUUAAGCAUAAACUAAAUAUCGCAUCUAAAA